UCUAUGGUGAUGGCACUGGGUGAUAAUCAAGCAUCCCCACUUACCUCUGCAGAGUGGACAGGGAGAGCCGAAACUUCCGCCCGACAGAGGGGAAGGAGUGGUGUCUCAGAGGAGAGAUAAGAAGCGGGAAUGGUGUAGCCCUGGAUCAUGUGUGUGCUGCCCUGGCUUCCAGCAAGCCCCCUGGAGAGAAGACGGGGGAUCGGCCUGCCAAGAUGAACUCUUCCCUUGGCCCACGCCUCUUGGAAUUCAACCGGAGCACCCCAGAGGACAACUUUUCCAGCCCGAUCGCCCCGAGCGGCCAGCCUCUGUGCGAGCAGGUGGGCAUCGCGGGAGAAGUGUUCCUGACUCUGGGCAUCAUCAGCCUCCUGGAGAACAUCCUGGUCAUCUUUGCCAUCGUCAAGAACAAGAACUUGCACUCUCCCAUGUAUUUCUUUGUCUGCAGUUUAGCGGUGGCGGACAUGCUGGUGAGCGUGUCCAACGCCUGGGAGACCGUGGCCAUUUAUUUAAUCAGCAAUAAGCACCUGGUGGUGGACGACGCGUUGGUCCGGCACAUAGACAAUGUGUUCGACUCCAUGAUCUGCAUUUCCGUGGUGGCGUCGAUGUGCAGCCUGUUGGCCAUCGCGGUGGACAGGUACAUCACCAUCUUCUACGCCCUGCGGUACCACAACAUCGUGACGGUGAAACGGACGGGGGUCAUCAUAGCCUGCAUAUGGACCUUCUGCACCGGCUGCGGCAUCGUCUUCAUCCUCUACUACGAGUCCACCUACGUCAUCAUCUGUCUCAUUUCCAUGUUUUUCACCAUGUUGUUCUUCAUGGCCUCCCUGUACAUUCACAUGUUCCUCUUGGCUCGGACUCACGUCAAGCGGAUCGCCGCGCUGCCCGGCUCUGGUUCGGUCCGGCAACGGACCAGCAUGAAGGGGGCCAUCACCCUGACGAUGCUGCUGGGCAUCUUCAUCGUGUGCUGGGCGCCCUUCUUCCUUCACCUCAUCCUGAUGAUCUCCUGCCCUCAGAACAUCUACUGCAUCUGCUUCAUGUCUCACUUCAACAUGUACCUCAUCCUCAUCAUGUGCAACUCAGUGAUCGACCCCCUGAUCUACGCCUUCCGCAGCCAGGAGAUGCGGAAGACCUUCAAGGAGAUUCUCUGCUGCUACAGCCUCAGACUGAACUGCGGGUUCCCCGGAAAAUAUUGAGAAACGAAUUGUUCUCGGGUUUCCGUCUUUAUACUUGUUGGAACGAGAAAACCAAAUGCGCCCUAGUGGUCUCUCACCACCCCUGCACGUCCGAGGUAGCGACACCUCAAAGAUGGCUCGACUACUCGCAGUUUCCAAGUUGGGGGCAUAGUCUUCUCCCCUCGCCCUGUCUUGUCUGUGAGGAUGAUCCAAAAAAUUUAAAGUAUUUUUGUAUUCUACGUUGUGUGUGGCCUGUCUCCCCCUUUGCCCCGCCGGAGACAUAUCCAGGAUGGGUGCUUGGGAGGAUUUGGCUCCAGUCAAUCAAUCUAACUCUCAUAUCUGGUUCUGUCUUGCCAGAAGUUCUGUCUAGUGACUGGCAGAGCUUCCAAGCUCCGGGUUUGAGGUUUUGAGGAUAUGGGGGUGGUCCAAAGUGCCCGGUGGUGAAGAUUCCCCUGGCUGUCAAAGGGAAUUUGGUCUUAUCCAUAUCUGACCUCCUGUGGAUCCUUGCUACAUGUUUUGUGGCUUCUUCAUGAUUCAUUCCUCUUCUUUAACUGAGACCCAAUUAACGGUUUCCCGUUCACUCACUUUAGGGCACGUUUCCCAGUCCUGAGGGAUAAAUGAUUUGCAUUUUGUGGAAGGAAACAAGAUCUGGGCUCCAUCAUAUGCCUCUGGGCACCAGAUCCAUGAAGGUAAUUGGGAUGAUAUCCCACAGCCCUUAAAGAGUAGGGGUCAGAGGGUCAUUUAGCCUCCGCAGCUGAGCCUGGAACCCCCUCCCUCUCUCUUGUGCCCACGGCCUCUGUUUCUGCCUGCUGCUUCCUCUCCCUAGUGCCCAUUUUAGAAUGCUAGCCUCAGCUGGGCAACGGCACUAAAAUUAGUGAUGGUGAGGGGAGGGCGGAUGUGGUGCCAGGAGUAGGUGAAUAUUCAGAGGGGAGAUGGCAUUUACGAGGAGGGAGGGGAACAAAAAACAGUCUUCCCUUCCCCUCUCUGAUCAGUGAGGUAGGCUUCAAGGUGAAACACGAGGAUGAGGAGUGACUGGGAAGAUGAGGAGGUUUCAUAGCCUUCUCUUCCUUCCCUUCCCCUUCCUUGACUGUUCUACUCACCCCCAUGCUCGGAAUGAAAAGUGGGAAUGCAAAACUGACCUUUACUGAUUCCAGGUGCUAUCUAUGACUAACCAGGUUUACCUAGGAGUCAGCCAACAUCUGGAAGCCCAAACAGCCAUACUUGUAUUUCCUGGAUCCCGAUCUGUAGUGGUAACUUUGGAGCCGGGGCUUUAAGCUAGUGUGUUGCUGGCUCUCCCUUUCCUGAGAACCAUGUUCUAAAUAUGAAAGGGGGUGCCUCGAUCAAAGGGACUUGGCUAUCUGUUCUCUCCUUCCCUCCUCUUCCCUCCUCUUCCCUUCCCAUUUCACCUUC